AUCAACACAGGCUACACAGCAUCAGUUGUCCAGUCUCAGUACUCACUGCUACAAGAAAAACCAAGCUACGGAUCGAGUUUGAUCCAAUUCUCAAUCUCAAGCCCAAUGGCGGGUGCAGCGAAGGCGUCGUGGAUGGUGGCGAUGAGCGUGGGCGCGGUGGAGGCGCUCAAGGACCAGGGCGGGCUCUGCCGCUGGAACUACGCGCUGCGGUCCAUCCACCGCGCCGCCAAGGCCAACGCCGGCGGAGCAUCGCAGGGCAAGAAGCUGCCCGCGGCGGCGGUGGCGGAGCGGAGGAGAGCGGAGAACGCCGAGGAGGGGCUGAGGACGGUCAUGUACCUCAGCUGCUGGGGUCCCAAUUAGUGUAUGUUGCUGCUCGAUGUUGGGAGUAUUAGCUUAGGAGUAUGCGGCAGCAGCCAUGGCCUGAGAACUCGGCCGGUUGCCUCCUGAUUGUAAAAUACCUCGAUGAUGAUGAUGAUGAUGAUAACUUCUGUUACUUGAGUAUA